AAGAUAUUAAGUAAGCAAGAAAGUGGUCAAAACAGCACAAAAAAAACCCAUGAUUAGGGGAGAUUUAUUGGUAGUAACUUUGUGACAGUCUCACAAACACUGACAGCCCACAUGAAAAAGCCAUGACUUCCACAUGCACACCUACGACGUCUCGCUUGUAUUUCCUCCGCCAUUGUGAGAGUGGCAACAAUGCGAGAGGCUCAGGCGUGGCGCGGCAGCCGGACCCUCCUUUGACAGAAAGGGGAGAGCAACAACAAAAACAUCUAGCGGAACGACUGUUGCAAUUACAAGGGGAAGAAGAACCUCCAUCGUCUACUUGUACUUCCGGAUCUGGUCGUGUAGUUCCGAAAAAAUUCCGUCAAAUUCUUAUCAGUCCUAUGUGCCGGACCGUCCGAACAGCGUCGAGCAUCGUUCAAAAAAUACUACUAUCUGAACCUGACGACUCGGCGACCUCCUCGACGUCCUACAAAGACGUUAAGAUCUCCAUAGAACCUAGCUUAUGCGAGGAGGGAGGUUAUUUCCAAGGAGAGCGACACUCAACGGCGACCGGAACUGCUAUUGUGUCUGCUGAAGUACUAGAUUCAGGUGUAGAUGAAACCGGACAAAAUCUUCAAGUAGGACGUGGACGCGGUAUGUCCUUCAAAGAGGUGAGGAGUUUACUACUAUCUUCGUCUCCCACGACACCCACUUCUACUUCUAUAACAUCAUCUUCUUCAAACUUCUACAACAUCUCCAACGGGAACGAGGAUACAAACGAGGAUAGUACAACUACGAAGACACUAUUAAGGCUCAACUUUCAAUGGUCAUUGGGGUUGGUCACUGAGAUCGUGGCCAUCAUUUAGAUUGGAGUCACUGAGCUCGAAGAGGCGGCUUCCCCUUGAGAGUAGAACAGGGGAAAUAGAUGAAGGGAAAGGGGAGAGCUUUGAAGGGGGUCGCUUCCGUUCAGAGUCAGCGACCAAUGAAUGCUGAGCUUUAACACUAGCCGAUGCGCGACCAAUGAAAAGUCUCAUGUUGCGGGUAGAAGGGCCUACGUUAAAAGUGGGCGAUGGCAACGAGAGCACUCUAGUUGGAGAGGGGGACUCAGGAUCCUCCGGACCAGCGGCUUGGGGAGGCGACGGCGACAUCGGUUGGUGGCCACGUGGACGGGAAUCGCUCACCGAGUAUCAUGCCAGAUGCCAGCAUGUGGCUGAUUUUCUGAUACAGCAUUCCCUGAAAUUCAACGACUCCUUAUUUUAAGGUCCUCAGCUUUUUUCUCGAUUCCGUUCCAUCUCCUUGCUAGUUAAAAGAAAAAGCGGUCCGUCGAAAGGAGGGGACCAAGGAAGAUGAAGAAUCAAAGCUGACACUAAUUAUUCGUGACGCAUGGCAAAUUUCUAGAUGGUUUGUUGAAAGCGUUCUUCGGCAUGGAUCAGGCAGGAGGAAGAGCGUCGCCAGUAGCUGGACCACCGACUUUUUUAUGGCCAACCUAGGUAGGAUCGCGUACCGACUAUGUUGUAGACAAUUAAGCUUAAUAUGCUCCUUUUCUACGCAUGUUGUAGACAGUUUUUUGAGCAGCUUAUGCUCCUUUUCAAAUCAUCAUCUUCUAAUCCUCCUCACCGGUGGUGGUUGCCUUACCUGCAUCCAGAUCGAGAGCGGCACUGGCAGAGUGGCUGUAGACUUUAUGAAUUUUCCGCUUUUACCACUGGAGCUGAGAACAGGACACAAAUCUAGUGGAUUUGCGAUGGAUGCAUGGAUAUAGCACCAGAGGGACGUGACGAGAGUAUCGGCAAGCGAACAAUAGCUUUGUUCAUUUACAUAUUUCCAAUGGGGGAAGAAAACAUUUUGGUAGAUGAACUAGAACUAUUUUGCUACAAGAAGAAGAACAAGAUAUAGCAGAUUCGAGUCAGGAAGAUUCGAGUCAGGCGCGUUAUCGUGUUGCGUAGACAACUGCGCUGGCUCAUGAUCAUCUUCUUCAAUUAGGACAAGAAAAAUUCAAUUUUGGUAAGUAUAGAAUAGAAGACUUCAAUCAAUCAUUCUUAGUCAUGAGGUUCUUAGUCAUUGUGGAAUUGUAAUCAUUAUGGGGCAUGGUUAAGUAAUUACCCACUUCUUGGUCUUAUCAUAUUGUUCUUGAUGUUGAGUUGGGCUUGUUUAAGUACGUCUUUGUGGAACCUUGGUGACAACUUAUGUCUAUUCUGAGGGGUGCUUGAACCAGCACUGCAGAAGAUGAUGGCAUUUCUCCUUAACCUCGUUGAUAUGUUCUUUUUGGUUCGAAGUUACUCGUCGAAAGCAUGUGAUUUGAAACCUCUACGUGCUUAGUCGGAGCGG